AUGUUAGCGGCACCGCCCAGCACACAGCGCGCGGGAAACAUGCGCUCUAUUUACGCAACACCACGACCGACAGCAGCGGGAGGGCACGGUUCAGCGCCAGCUGACUCGACUGGGAAGCGUUCACGGGCCCGAACGCCUGCGUCGGUACAUUCUGGUCGGCAGUACUCGUUCCCGCUGCUGCCGCCGAGUGAGAUUAUGGCCUGCAUGCAGGAACUGCGGAUCCCCUUUUCCGAACAGCAGCUGCACCAGCCGACCCCAGAACAUGUGCGACUGAUGCUGGAACAGCUCAUAGAGCUACUGACGCCGACUCGACGUGAGGACUUGGCCAAUCCGGUACCCGAGGCGCUCGAAGCGUUAGGAUUCCCGGAGCUGCACGAGGAGUCAGCGCCGGUGGUUGUGUUCCAUCGAGCGGCGCAACGAUUGAUGCGAGCAUCCGGCAUCCACGAUUUCUCUUUGAACGAUUACCUGAAGCCAGAAUAUCCACGGUUGCGUCGUAUCCUGAGCGGGGUCAUUAACUUUGCCAAGUUUCGAGAGGAGCGGCUCGUUCAAUUCCAGAAAAUAGCCGGCCGUUCGGAGGAGGCUCUGCAGCACCAGCGCGAACUUGAGGCGAAAUGCAAUGAUCUUGAGAUGCGACAGCGCAAGUGGAGCGAUCGGGCGGCUGCGGAGCAGCAGAAAGUUACGGCACUCGAGUCUGAAACUGGCGAGUUGGCCGCGGAGAUCACUUCCUUGAACAAACAACAGUUGCAGUUGCAGGCUCAGAUCAAGGAACUCAAAACCAAAGUCAACGAAUAUGCCGAUCAGAUCGCGAAUCACAAAUUCGAACUAUUGCAGACAAAACAAGAGAUUGCGAAGCUGCAAGCGAUGAUUGUUUCAUCGCCUGAGCGGGUGCAGCAACAGCUCGCGGAUAUGGAGGAAAGUCUCGAGCGCGAGAAGCGACAUGUCGAGCGAAUCGAGCAUGAGCAUCGACAAGUGCAGAUGGAAUUGGAGGCCCUGCAGGAGGUGUUCGGAAAACUGCAAGAACUUCUCAAAGCAUUCGAGGAUGCAGAUGUCCAGGUUUCAAAAUGCAAACAGUCGCGCGACCUCGUACAGAAGCAACGAUCUGAAUUGCACGAAAACGAGCAGAAUCUCGAAGCGCUGAACCAGGAAGAGCUGCGACUCAAUCGUCAAAUUGUUGCUGCAGAGGAGCGCAUCCAGCGUGUACGGUCACAGCUGCAGAGUCGUCUCACGGACACCGAGCAAGAAUAUGCAUCGUUCCAGGAAGAACUCGAAGCGGCUGUUCGCGAGCGCCACGAAGCAGACCAAGUCGCACAGCGGAACCAGUUGUUGGUCCAGCAAAUUCACGAACAAAUGCAGGACCUGAAGAGAGGUCACCAGGAACGUAUGUGCCUGUUGCGCGAGCAGUACACCGAGUUAGAGCAGGCAGUCCAAACGUAUCACCAGCGACUAUUCGAGGUGAUGCAAAAGUGGCCCAAAGCUUGCGACAGGGCCGGCUUGGACCCCUGA